AUGUGUGCGUGGCUGUCCGACAAGAAGGCAGCUGUUUCCUCCUGUGCGUACUCCAGACAACAACAACAAAGGAAAAGAAAGCGGACUUCGAAAAGCGCUAACGUGCACUUUAUCCGAGCUUAUUUGCUGAAGUUUGAAGUGGUUCCGAGCGAUUCGACGCAGUUACUCAAACACGAAAAUGACACAGUAAACCAGUUGGAGGUUAUCAAAUCCUUAGAUCACAUCUGCUCUUACGUCAUCUUUUAUGAAUCACGGCGUCAGUUGUGCGCUAUUGUUGGAGUAGAGGGCGGGAGAACGGGGUCGCAGCCAAGCUCAGUCUCACCGCUAACCAUGGCCAGCCGUACCACAGCCGGAGGAAUCGGAUUCGCUGUUCGACAGAAGCAAGACUCCAAAUACAACGACGAUGAGGGAAAAUUGCUCUUGCUCUGGAUAAAGGAGCUUUCCGGGGAAAACAUCAAUACCUCAGGAGAUAGAGAUAACUUUUUGAACCUUCUGAAAGACGGUACACUUCUUUGCAAAGCAGCAAAUGGAAUUGAGCCUGGAAUCGUGAAGAAAAUCCAAAAACCUAUCUCAAACUUUGCGUGUAUGGAAAACAUCAAUGCUUUUGUCGAGGCUGCUAAAAAGCUCGGCGUUCCCACUGAAGAAACUUUCCAAUCAUCUGCGUUACUCUUCUUUCUCUUGGCCGCAUCCUGCAAAAACAGGGCAAGACGAACCCAUUCAAGUGAUUGGACGAAAACAUCUGUCAGGGAGCGCGAAAGAUCAGCUAAUUCAGUGGCGUUCUACAUCCAAUUUUCAUGA